UGGAAGCACCUGGCGAAGACCUCCACAGCCAGUGAGACACUCCAUUCGCGUUCCAUUAUCGACCCCCUGCCUCAAAAAUCCGCGAUAUACGGCAGACUGCGACUGCCAGGAGUCGUAUCUGCAUUUUACAGCAUUCUGAAAUCAGCUAUCCGUGAGCUCAGAUCUCCGCUUCUUAUGUGCAGAACACAAAAAUCAAGAUAUUGAGACGCUGUCUCUGGCAAACUGAGCACCUAAACUGAUGAAGCGGAACUAAUCUGAAUAAUAGGAUUUCCUUUUCACAUUUGACAAGCGGAAAGAAUGUCGGAAAGGGCUGAGUGUGACGUCAGAGGGGAGCAGCGCAGCGCGGCCAGGCAGCUCCGGCAGCAGAAACACACGCAGGCACGGACGCAGACACAGACUCCGCUACAGAUACACAUACAGCAGCAGCAGCAGCCGCCGCCGCCGCGCGGCCAGCAGGGAGAAGCCUCCGCAGCAAUGGCGACUGCAGGAGAGCGCAGAUCCCUCCCCAGCCCGCAGAUCGUGCUGGGACAGCCUUGGAGUAACUGGGUGGAUGCGGCCAAACUCCACGGGAACGACGGCGCCGAGCCCGAGGAAAGUUUGAAAGAGUGCGGCGCCAGGAACCGGGAAGCCAUGAGGCUCUGCAGAGACGACAUGAGCAUCUUCGGCCAGUGUCCUGCACGAGAUGACUUCUUCCUGGUGAUGUGCAGUUACUGUGGCCAGGUGGUGAAGCCACAGGCCUUCCAAGCGCACUAUGAAAGAAGACACGGCUUGACUAGCAAGACCCCUGCGGCAGCCGUGACGACCGGUGCUGCUGCCUAUCCGGCGCCUAGCCUGCCCAGACCUGGAGAGAUGUCGGGCAAUAUGGGCCCCGGGCGGUCAGCCACAGUGAAUAGCACGUCCCCCAACUCUAGAAUCCUCAAAUCUGCCAAAGACAAGACAUCCAUGCACCGAAGGCCACUGCUCCCUUUCAAGGUUCUUCCUGACAAAGUCCUGACGCCAGCCGUGAAGGUGGAGAAGAUUGACACGCAGGUGAAGCUCACCCACACCACCAUGCCCUUGGCCACUGUGAGCCCCCCUGCAAAGCCCAGCCUUAACUGUUCCUCCGUACCAAAGCCUCCCACACUGGUAUCCCCUGGGCAACUAGUCAACGGCAAAGGCCUCUCUCUAGACAAGAAACAGGAUGGCAACGAGAGCCACAAGAAGCAGCUGCACAAAAGACUGCCUGAGCGUGAGUUUAAUCCAGACAUCCACUGUGGCGUGCUGGACUUGGUGGCACGCAAACCAUGCACAAGGUCUCUUACAUGCAAGACACAUUCCCUAAGCCAGCGAAGGGCUGUGCCAGGCCGCAGAAAGCGCUUCGACACCCUGCUGGCGGAGCACAAGAGCAAGACGCGACAUCGGGAGCUGCAGCGCAGUUCGGAGCAGCCCCAGCAGCAUCCUCCUCUCAGGGACCCUCACCCUACACCCUCCCGCCUUGCACAGGACCAUCACCUGGCCCCCCACAGCAAUGGCACCACCGACACUAAGGCUUCAGCCUCAAGCAGACCCAAGCUCCACAAUCCCAGUCUUCCACGGUUGAACAGUGGCUCAUCCCAUACUGGUGGGAGCAGCCAGGGAGACCCCAUGCUAUUACACGGCUCACCCCACCACUCGACCUCUACCACGGAUGGGGCGUCCCGUCUCUCUAGCGACGAGGGUGAGAACGAGGAGCGGGAGGAGUGCAUGGAGAAGCUGGACUUCCACUAUUCAGGUCAUCACCCUCAUCCAGCAGCUUUCUGCACCUUUGGUAGCCGCCAGCUGGGCAGAGGCUGCUACACAUUCAACAGGCGAUGGGAUCACGUACGCUCUGCUCUCAGUGCCAUGGUCGACAAACACGUCAAUUCACACCUUUGGAAGAAAAUUCCUCCAGCCCCAGAGAACUUGUCGUCUGCAACGCCCCACCGGACGAGCACAAAUUCCUUGCCCACGUCUCACUCUGGAGCUGGUGCCGUGGGCUUCCAGUGCUCCACCUCCAGCUUGUCCGCCUCCCCAUAUGCGCAGUCCUUUGAGGGGAAACCUGUCCUCUCGUACGGGACCACCCUGAACGCUCGUGCCUCCCCCCUGAGCUCUGCCGACCACCCAGCCUACAGCACACCCUCGAGACAAGUGUCUUCGUCGCCCCAGAUGCCUUCAGGGCUCUCAGGCGCACCCUCACUUGCGCCCAGCCGACCGCCCAAAUCCAAACCCAGCAGCAAGUCCUUCAAAUUCAAGGAGCCCUCAGGCGGAAAUGCCGGCGGCAGCCCUAACUGCAGCAGUGCUGUCGGCGUGGCGAAGAAGAGGAAGAACAGUUCUCCGCUGCCCUCCCAGCCACCUUACCCUGCUGAAUCCUCACCCUCCCCAUCCCCCUCCUUCAGGAAGAACUGUGUGCUGAACUCGGGUGGCUCAGGGAGCGCGCACCACCCGUCGCUCGGUUACUCCUCCUCCUCCUCAACGUCCUCCACCCACAGCGGCGUCCACGGCCUGGGUUUCAACUGCACCCCUGGCAGGACGAACUCUCUCAGCCUCAAGCAGGACCAAUCAGGGAGGGGCCCCCCAUCAGGGAGCCCCGCGGAAUCCAUAAAGCGCAUGAGUGUUGUGAUGAACAGCAGCGACUCUACGCUGUCUCUGGGACCGUUUGUCCACCAGGGCGGUACCGAGCAGGCAGGAAACUCGCACGGGGCCAUCGAUGGCCGACCGGAGGGCAGGAAGCGCAAAGGCCCUCCUGCCUCAGGCAGCGUCCACAGUGGCGGGGGAGGUCCAGGCCCUGGGAGGCCUAAGGUGCCCAAGUCGCUGGCUGUAAACAACAUCCAUGCCAAGCAUGGCCGCAGCAUCCCAGGGACACAAGGCCUUCCAAACAAUCCACUCCUACAACAGCCAAAGGCACGUCCCUGACAGUGGUUUUUGCUGCUGUCACCAAACGUGAUGUUGCUAAGUGGGACAGUGCUCGUCACGGUAUUUGGAACUGCACAAGGCCUUUUCGGGUUCAUCUCAGCUUCCCACAAUCCUCAGGGGUGGAGACCUACUGGACAGUCGGUGAUGUCGCAGUAUUCCCCGAAGCCAUGUUUAGAGCAUAGCCCCUUUGCUGGGGUCUGCACGCCGGUAGCGGGCCGAUAUGGGUCAGGCUACUGCUGCUGUGUUACAGUAGGAGAAUGGACCACGAGCUGCGCCGUGUCCAUUUGGUGUCCCGUGUUGUUUAGGUACAGGGAAAAAAAAAAGGGCUGGUGCUUGCAGUGAUCGUGCCUACAUUGGAACAGUAGGGGGCGACGUAACUUGUGGAUGCAGGUGCACGUUAUGUGCAUUCGUCAGGUCAGACUCUACUUAACUACUGCGAAUAAAACCUAGACUGCCUGAACUGAAGCCUUGAAGGGGUUAAACUGUCAAACAGUCUUAUUCCAUUUUGUUUAUUUGAAUCUUUUUUUGAAUUUUUUUCAUUUUGUCCCAAAAAAACCUAAUUGGUUAAGCAUACACACACACGAGGGGGGCACUUUGGUUUCUCUGAAACAUUUACAGCAGUUUAGUUGAAACUGAGGGGAGCUUAAAUCAGAGGUUCUGCUCACAUCUAACCUUAUGAAAUGGUUGUGGUUGGUGUAUUUAACACAGGAUUAUAAAAUCAGAAAGCUCCCCGUCCUUUGAAAAUCCCUUCCCAGUUCUAAUGCCUCCUGUGAAGAUCAGAUGUAUAUAAUAGUAAAAAUGAACUGACAUUAAACAGAAAGAUAGCAUAUGGCCCUGAAAAAGACACAUCUGUGAUUAACAGGAUACUCUUUUAAUAAAAAAAAAAGGUCUUGACCAGGUAUUAAUUUUGAGUUUUUGCUCAUGAAAAUAGUUGAAACAAGUUACUGUACACAACAGUGGGAGAUCUGAUGCACUCACCUGAAACCUGUCAAGUCUUUGAGACCACGGCUUGAUAUUGUUAAAUUAAUGUAUAGGCCCACUGCGAUUAUGAAAUUCUUUUAAACAUGAGACAAGUGUAACAAGCUUUGUUGUACACUGUCAUAGCAGAAAUAGUUUAGAUCAUUGACAUCAUGCACAGGUUUGUUCAUUUAAAUUAAUGAAGUAGCUGCUUCAUGACCCCAUGAAUUUUAGCCUCCCUACAGAGACUCCCUAAACUGUGAACAGUACUGACAAAGAAAAUGCCACUUUGUACAUAGAUUAUGCAACCCCCCCGCCACAUGCCCCCGUGCUUGCAGCAAGUGGCUAUUAGUGUGGUCAACAAGGAUAUUUGUACCAAGGUACCCUCUACUGCAGCUAUAACUACUGCUCAUUUUAACUUUUUUUUUUCUUUCCCUUUUAAGAGACACCUUUUCAACAAGAACUGAACAGGUGAUCACAUUCUGUAUUCACGUCCCCUGGAGUACUUCAACGGGCAAUAUUUUACUCUCCUGUCGAACAGUGAGCUGUAGGAAUGUGUCGUUUCAGAAUUUUGUGCAGGUGGCUGGGGUGAGACAGUUACACACCGCUGUAAUUCCUUAAUUUCUGAACCCUAGUGAUGUCAGUCAGCGAAAAGUAGCCACAGAGCAGCGUGUUUUUGUAUGUUGUUUGGGCUUUUUUCUUGUAUGUAUGAUACAAAUAUUGAAGUAUCCCUAUUUCAGAAUACAUAUUUUGUUAAAAUUGUACAUAUUUAAAUAUGUAUUUUUGCACAGGUGUUUUUCUUACAUACAGUUUUGGUACAAUUGAGAUCAUCAUUAUUUAUUUACUAAAUGAUUAACUGAAAGGACUUUUGUUAUUUGAAGUGGUUCACUGCCAAGCCAAUAAUGCAAUAUGCCUAUAGCAUACAGUGUCAUCUCUUACACAUGUACUUGGUUCCUUUAGAAGGUAAAAGUGUUCAGCUGAAGUGCAUCUUGGUCCAUCAAUUUAUCCUGGAAGGGAUAGUCAGCGACUUAGCUUUAGAUUGUUCCUAAACAACGAAUAGGGGAACCUGUCAACACUAAGUUAUGUUACUCAAGACCUGUUGUCCAUCCUGUCUUAUGAGGGGCACUGUUUUGGAAGGGACAGGACACACUGUACAUUUCUGUUGAGGUCUUACAAGUUGAGCCAGUGUUAAAAGGGGGGAGAGACGCUUCAAAGUGCAAACCCCCAGCAGCUUGAAUCACCAUUGCCAAACUUCGGGAGUAAGGAAGGCUUUUCACUGGAGCUUUUAGACAAGAGGGGAAACAAAGAAAGUGCCUGAAAAAGUUUUGCUGUGACUGUGGUUAAGGUCCACUGCUUAUUUUCUUUCAACAUACUUGAAUGUUAAAAAUGGUCUACGAUGGUAUUCGCCACUCCCUUUGCGCGCACUGCUGGGCCCCAGGGUGUAGUCCGAUUUGUGAGCGGUCUUGAAUAACACCCCCCCCCAAGACUACUGUUGAGCUGUUAUCCAGUUUCUUCCCCAAUGAAGUGUCUUGAGUUUUUGUAAUGUAAGGCCUGGAACUGCAGUGUGAUGAAGAUGAAAAGUAGGAUUCAGAAUAACCUAAGGGUGUUCCAUUUACCUCCUCUUGCUCUGCCAGUAUCUUGUGAUUGACCUGUAGAGGCAGCAAAGAAGCACUACAGCUGUGUAAUGUGAAGACAGCAGCUCAUAGGGAAUUAUGGGGAACAGCUCUACAUGCCAACUCCACUGUCAAAGCCUGUUCUUUUGUAUCUAUCAUCUAACACAUCAGAUCAGCUGGACCUUGUUGGCUGCUAUGUAAUUCAUGAACAAAAACAGUAGGAUUUCCUUAAUAUUUAAAGAUUGUAUAGUCUAUUUGGUUUUUUAACACUUCUGUAAAUAAAAUAAUUUAUACAGCUAUUUAUAAGUAAAA